GGUCAACCUCCUCUUGGCCGUCCUGCAGGCAGUCUGCUACGUGCUGUGCUGGAAAGUGGAGGUCUUUAACUCCACGCCGGUGGAGCAGUCCACGGUGACUGGGUUGGAAGCACUCCUGCCAGACCCUGCGCAAGGCCACAAAGUGGGCCCAGACGCCUUCACACCUCUCUUGCUCAAUGAGCAUCAGCCCAUCACGCAGAUCCGGCGCUUCAUCGCCAAGGAGUUUUGUCGCCAGAUCAGGCCGUUUCGCGAGAAGGUGGCAGCACAGCUGGACUCCCAACUCAAGAAGGCACAGUCGACCAAGAUCCGCGUGCCGGCCGCAAUGGCAGAUGAGCUCGGCUGUCCGGCCGCCGCUUUCUUCCCCUUUGAGCCCUACCGGCUCAGACACUCCUCCUUGUUCGUGCGGGACAUCUUUAAGCUUUGGCACGACGACAAGGACGACAAGAAGUGGGACACCGAUGAUGACGAGGACGGUGCGACCGACGAAGAAGGGUUUGGUCACGAUUUGGAGGGGAAGGUCCGAACACUGUCUGGAUCUUCCGACAAGGCGGAUGAGGCGUCUUCAGACAUGGACUUCACGGAUCAGGUGGACGCUGAACGGCGGGGCUUCAUUGCUUCAGCGGCACCAUCACCGGCCUUCCGUCCUACUCAGAUGGACACGGACAUGAUGUCACCAAUGCUGGGGCCAAUGUCGCCAAUGAUGGGAAUCUCAACGGCCCCGAUGUUGGAGGAUCACUUCCAACUUCCGCAGGCUUCCAUGGAUGGCUCCCAUAGCAUGCAUCUGGACAGCCUGCUUCGGAGCAGCGCGUACAGAUCUGCCAGAUGA